CAACAACAACAACAACAACAACAACAACAACAACAACAACAACAACAACAACAACAACAACAACAACAACAACAACAACAACAACAACAACAACAACAACAACAACAACAACAACAACAACAACAACAACAACAACAACAACAACAACAACAACAACAACAACAACAACAACAACAACAACAACAACAACAACAACAACAACAACAGCAGCAGCAGCAUCAGCAGCAUCAGCAGCAUCAGCAGCAACAGCAACAGCAACAGCAACAGCAACACCAGCACCAGCAUCAGCAGCACCAGCAACAAAAAUACGUCGUGCAGCAACAGUCGCGCCUCACGUGAGAGCGCGUCAGCCUUAGUUAUUGCCUGGAAAAAGAGUUUGAACAUGGGCGCUUGGGUUACCAGGUCGACUGUUUCUGAAUGGAAGCGUGUCAGUGUUGCGAGAGCCGCGCUUGCUUCGUUCUAGACGGUGACGUUGAGUUUAAUAAUCGGUACCUGUUUCAUAAGAUCUAAGAGCUGAGAAGCGUCUGAGAAGCUCUUCUGAUUCCGCAGAGUUCAAUUAGUUAUUUAAGAUUAGCAAUUAAGCGCGUCACCUUACUUGUAUAUAAAUCACCAUGGAAAAGUGUGCGAGAUAUGUUAAAGCGGAGAUGCGACGCAUUGUAAUUUUAUAUGGGGAAUCAGGUGCUCGACGAGUUCGUUAAUUGUUACAUUUAUGACUUCUCCUUUUCUUAAAUUUUAGGUUAUUCAAACGUUAUUUUAAAAUUAAUAUAUCACAUGUAUUUGUGUAUCUUGUGCUUUUUCUUAA